ACCCCUUCAGGGGGCGCGGCGCUGCUUCGACGUCACACGCUUGAGUGCGGCCGAGGAGGGGGGGCAGUCACGUGACGCGGCGCAAGAUGGCGGCGCCCAGGGCGCUCCGGCCCUUGCGGGGUCUGACCCGCGCCCUGUCCGGCCGGGCCCCGGCCCCGGCGGGCACCCUGCUGCGGCUCCUGUACGACCGCUUCUCCGACGUGGAGGCCCUGAUGCAGUGGAGGGAGCUGAGGAGAGGACGCGCCCUGCGCCGGCAGAACACGGAGAACGCCUACAUCCAGAACCACUACGGGGAUGACGUCACAGCUGCCCAUUUCGUUUUGUCCAAUGGGGGCGGUGCCAGGUUCAAGGACCAGUCGCACUGGGUGCGGGCAGGCAAGAACGCCAUGGCCGGGCUGCUGCCGUACCUGGACGACCCGAAGUCGCGGCCCGUCGUCGCCAUCGACCUCAGCGGCUCCUCCCUCACCUGCACGGGGCUGGAGAACCUGGUGUGGCUGAAGCACCUGGAGUUCCUGGACCUCAGCGCCUGCCCCCACCUGGACGACUGGGCCCUGACCCGCCUGCACCCGCUGGGGGAGACCCUGUGCCACCUCUCACUGGCGCGCUGCCCCCGCAUCACCGAGCGCGGCCUGGCCUGCCUGCACCUGCUGCCGAACCUGCUGCACCUGGACGUGUCGGAGCUGCCGGCCGUGGCGCAGCAGGGGUUAAUGUGCAUCCUGCUGGAGGACAUGCUGCCGAACUGCCAGAUCCUGGGCCUGAAGGAGGCCCCGCCCCCUCCCCUAGCCGGCAGCCAAUCACAGCCUGGGGUUGGGUCCCAUUGAUCUCCUGCAGGGCGGGGGUGUGAAUGGGGGGGGGGGGGGGGUCCAGCUGCUCCCAUGGGAACAGCUCUCCCCCUCCGUGAUUGGCUGAGUUGUGAUUAAAGGCAUCUUCCCCCCCCA